GCAAGCGCGUUUCCCUGGGCCUGUCGGGUUUCUCUGCCCCCGCAGCGGUCGUGUACCGAAAGCUGUAUCGUUUUAGCUGUUUUACUUCAGGUUUUCUGGAAAACGGCGUUGUCAGAAAGCACUCGUCCGGUUUCAAUUGCUUCCUACCCCCAUAACAUCCGAAAAUACGAACUAUUACUCCGCUAUUAUUAUGUGUAUUUGUGUGUGCUUAGUAGAUGGUGAUUCUUGAAAACUCUUCCUUGAGAAAGAUUUUUUCAAGGUGGCUAUUUUAUUGUUUUGUUUUUGUAUUUUCCUCACUGAAAAUUGUAAGGAAUUGCAAACAGGGAUUUCAAAGCAAUAUGUUAUAAAGAGUUAAAAGUAACUAUUUCAAGCAACACAUUGCUUAACUUCUCGCUAUGGUGUCUUAUUUAGGAGCAACUGGUCAUGGUGGAACUAUCAGGAAUUAUUGAUUCAGACUUCUUAGAAAAAUGUGAAAACAAAUGCAAGAUUUUGGGAAUAGAGUCAGAGAGGCCCAUUUUACAAGUGGACAGAUACGUAUUUGCAGGAGAAUAUGAAGAUACCUUGGGAACCUGUGUGGUUUUUGAAGAAAACACAGAGCAUGUAGAUGCAGAAGGCAACCAAAAAGUACAGCUGAAAUACAAGUGCCACACAAUGAAGAAGUUGAACAUGACACGGACACUUUUGACAGAAAAGAAGGAAGGAGAAGAGAAUGUUGGUGGCGUGGAGUGGUUACAGAUCAAGGACAGAGAUUUUUCCUACAGCAGGCCUAAUACGAUUUGCAGCUUUCUGCGUGAAAAAGAAGAUUCUGAGGAGUCAGCUCAGGCCCAAGACAAAUUGACUGAAGAGUCAGAGGGAGAGGUGGGUGGUGGAGGAAAUUCUGGCAUGAAUUGUGAUCUGGAGAAGCAGCACAGCUUGGAGGUAGAUGCCUCUAUUCCUCUGCCUGACAGCCCUGCUUCUAGGGCAGAGGAUUCUCCUGGAAGCGUUGCCUUAGACAAUGCCGCUCCAUGAUACCAGCUCUGAUCUUUUCAGGGUUUCUUCGUGGAAUUAAUGGGCCAACUUUUAAAUGCCAGCUGUUAUAGGCUGUGACAUGAUUUCCAACUUAUCUGAGCAAUUAAUAGUGGGAAAACGGACAUUGUGUUCUUGUGCAUUGCUUUUAUAUUUGGAUUAUAGUGGGGAGGGCUUAAGUGUUUUUUAAAAAUGUUGAUUGGAAAUGUGUGUAUCCCUACCUCAAAACUGAAGAAGAGGAAAUGGUUACAUAAUUAAAGAAACCUUACCUUAGAAAAAUGUUGCUGUAUUGCACAGUCUGGAACACUUUGUAAAAAGAAAAAAGAAAAUAGUUUAAAAUAAAUUUCAAGUAUUUUUCAAGUAUA